AAACGGGCCCGCAGCGUGCAGUCAUUCGCGUGCCGACUCUCAGAGCCGACGGUUCGAAACUACCGCCAUCGUUUGUCGCGCGUUCGUGUUCGUCGUCUGUUGUCACCUUUCGCUGUUUUGGGUGCACUGGGUCUAUGUGUGUGAGUGUGUGAGUGUUUUUAGCAAACGAAUCCUUCUUCCAAGCGUGAAAGCGAGCGCUUCUUGCCGUCUAAGUGCGACAUAUUUCCCAAAAGCAAUUGCAAAUAAAAUGUGAAACCAAGUUGGUUGGUCGCGAUCGAUCGGCGAAUCCGGUUCCGGAAGUGUUGUAAAGUAACUGUGGCAAGUGGCAGAUAAAGCAAAGUGCUAGAAAAGUUUCAUUCUUUGAUUGUUAUUUCACAGCAUUAAAGUGUGUGUGUAUGUGUGUGUGUCUGUGCCGUGGUUAGAUAAAAUCCCUUCGCAAACCCGCGUGCUGUAGCAGCAUCCGUGUGUGCUCCCGAUGUGGUCCAGGUGAUUCUGGUACACCUUGUCUGUGUGUACGUGCGUGUGUGUGUUUCUUCCUCCUCCUUUUUGCUUGUAAAAUUUCCUCCACCCACCCCCCACCAUCUUUAAAAUUUUCCCGCAAGGGAAAAGGCGGCGAAAACAAAACCCUAUCACAGUGCCCAACAGUGGGAAGUGUUGCAGGAGUGAGUGUGUGUGUGUUCAUGUGCUUGUCUCGUGUUUUUUCUCCCCACUUUCCACCAUCUCGUGAAGCGUGUUUCUCGACAAGUUUCCCUCACUCAGCUGAUUUGAUUCCGGUUGAAAAGGCAGCUUAGUAGCAGCAGCAGCAGCAGCAGCAACAACGCUUCCGCACACCUACUUUACACCGAUAGCAACAACGCGAAGACUCCCCGCAGGAACAGAGUGCGUGAAAUCAUAAAAAUGGAUAAACGAACGGGCAUGAAAAUUGGAUUACUCUGCGUGCUGCUUGGAGUGUGUUCGGCGGUGAAAAUCAUCAACCUGAAAGUUCCCUCCACCUACCUGCUAGAUCAGACGUCCAAAACGCCAGACCCGCUAAUACUGGACUGCGAGUACGAGGUGGACGAAAGCGAGAAGGGAUUCGUGUUAAAAUGGCUCCUGGACGGUCAACCGGUCUACCAGUGGAUACCGUCGAAAAAUCCUUUCCCCUUCCAAUCUUUUAAGAACCGUGUCGACACCAGCUACGUCGUGUCGCAGGAGCAUCUGCACAAGCAUCGGGCGAUGGCGAUCAUCAAACCGCUCGCCAACUUUACCGGCGAGUACAUGUGCAUCGUGCAAACGUACGCGUCCAUCGACAGGAAGUCGGCGAAGCUGAAAAUUAUCGUGCGGGAAAGUAAGUUCGAUCUAAGCUACUACCUGAAUGGCGACGGCUACAUCACGGUUGAUUGCCACGCACGAGACAUUUCUCCGCUACCCGAGCUCCAGAUACGCAUCAACUACGAGCUCUUCGAGACGGAAAACCUCAAAUCCGUCCAGGGCGAGAACGGGCUGUACAACGUGUCCAUCAGCGGCAGGAUACGAAAGGAUCAGCUCGAAUCGCCAGCCAUGAUCGAGUGUCUGCUCUCGAUACCGGAGACGAACUACAACAAACGCCGCUCGACGACGUACUACGCGCGCAAAACUAAAUCUAACAAUAAACCGCUUCCAGAAUCGCAUCUCAAAACCACUACCACUACGGUGGCGACCACGACGACGGUCGAAAUGCUGCAAGCGGCACCGGAAAACCUACAGAAGAAGGGCUUUAACGCGACCGAAACGAACGGCGCUAGCAGCAGUCUUCCGGUGCCGCUACGAACGACCACAAGCGUGCUGGCGACCGUUGUGACGAUUUUACUCAUCUUCACCUCAACGCUCUUGUAGAUGAGCUUGAAGCAGUACACCGACGUCGAGAUCCGGAACCGCCGGCUGCACCUUAACUUCAUACACAGCUAAGCAGGGCGGUUGGCUACCAUCCACCAGAUCGUGAUGCUAUCAUACUGGCACCCAGCCGGUCGGUUUUUGUUGUUCUGUUGUGUUCUAUUUUAUUACAGUCAAUCGAAAAAAAACCAAAACACAGAAGUAAGUUUACAUCCGAGUACGUAUGUGUGUCUGUGUGUAUUUGUAAGUGUAUGUGCGCGCAAUUCGUCAACGUGAUAGUCCAAACUCCAAAGCUGCUAAAUGUGCGUGUAGGCUGGUAAGUUAGAACGAUGGAACUAUUAAAGUACCGAAGUGUGUCAUACAACCCCUCAGUCGUAGUUAUUCGUUUAGUUUAAUGUGAGUGCAAGCUUUUAAACUUACUGCUACUCGUUGCAACCAAUCAAUGUUGUAGGGAAAGCGAUAGGUUACGCUUGUGUUGCAAUGUCUCUAUUUUUAAGUACAACUUCGGUGGAAGAGUUUAAACCAGUUUAAACUCGCUGCACAAUUUAAAGCUGUCAACUAUGCAGAUCAGUUCAGAGCUCGCAAAACAAGACCUUAGCCAACUUAGUUACCAACAAGCAGAGUCAUUAACGUUUAACAAACACACACAACUGAGAAUGAUUUAGGGAACCAAAAUGAUAAUUAACCGAAAAUUUGGGAUUCAUGUUUUUUUCGUCAGCCAUGCUUAGCAAACUUACUUAAAGGUUUAAUCGUUUUUCCUGUUGCAAAAUGGGAAAGUAUAGAAAUUUUUAAAUAUUUUUUUGUUCUAUUUCAAUUCUCAACACAAACAAAAUGCUACUGAUCAGGAAUUAAACUAACGUUUAUACAUACACACAAACCUAACACCUACUUCAAAGAUGUCCCGUAUUCCAUUUUUCACUGCAGCCCUUUCAAUAUGGCGAAACACGAUUGAUAAGUUGUUAACAAUUACGUAAAAAGGCAAUUUUUUAUGUUGAUUGCAUAAAUUUAGGCGCCAUACCAUGAAGUUUGCUUGGGUUUCCAUUGCCUGGUUGGUCCCAACAGGACUACCGCUGUUGCCUUGGUACGUAUUUGAAAACAUCUUAUUUAUUCGAUACUUGGUGCAGUGUUUAACAGCUUUUGUUCUAUUUUGUUCAUCAAAAAAUCUUCUUCAAACUUUGAAACAUCCGGAUUGAACGCGUCGGUGUAUGAAAAUAUACAGAGAGCGAUAGGGAAAGCGCGAGGGAGAGAGAGUAGGAAGAAAAAAAAGUUGUAAAAAGUUCUUAUGCAUAUGAUCGAGUCGAUAUUUCAAGUAAUAACAGAAAACCAAAACAUAGAUAUUUAACUUGCAGUCGUGCACACAAAGUGGAUGGCGUUUUCGGCACCGGUUCGAAUGCAAAUCGAACGACGAACAAACCGAUAGGAAAUUUAACUCUUAAGCAGCCCCAGCAAGAGGCAAUCGAACGCGGAACUCAAACCAUUGCACUGUAAAGAUUAAACCAUUAUCCUCAAAACACAACCCCCAAAUCCCAAAUCCCUACGAAAGAGAUAAACGAUAAGGAAAACAUUACUGACAGACAGUCACACACACACAGCUAUUUUAUACAACCAAUUGUGAAUAGGGAACUAAAAGGGAACCGUGUGAUUGUGUUUUUUGCUAUACAAUCACACGUGCGACGUGCGUGUGCAAUCUGUGUGCGAGUGAAUGGAGAAACUUUGUGUGAAUGGUGCAUGCAUGGAAAAAUUUGAUGCCUUAUGAACACUUGAAGAAGAAGACGAAGAAGAAGAAGAAGAAGAAGAAGAAGAAGAAGAAACAAUGUAUGCAUAAAAAAUAAAAAAGAGAAGCAGAGAACUAAGCAAGUAAACACAAACAACCAGUUCCGCACAUACUGGCAGGGGGGGUUGGGGAGAUUUGAGCAAAUGAAAACUACAGCACAACUCGUAUAGUAUAGAUAUACAAUAUAUGUAUAUUGCAAAUAGUGUUUUUUUAAGACAUAAAACAAACCAAGCGUACUUUUGAUCACGUUUCGUCAAACGAAACUGUGGCGAGUAAAGAUAUGAGAAAGGCGAGAAUAAAGAAGCAGAGUUGGGAAACAAUUUCACACUUCUAUUGAAAUGCACUGGUUUAUUGAAGAGGAUUUGAGGAGAAAUGACAAUUUAAGGGGGAAGAAAAAACAAACUACAGAAGCAAAACAGAUACAUUUAAUCAGCAACCAUCCCGAGCAGAUUACCAAAUCUUUCAACAUACACCAUAGUUCAACCGUGAACUGUGAAUAGCUCUACUGCUAAUAGAAAGGUAAAAAAAAAUAAUUUUCUAAAAACAUCACACUCAUCCUUAAUCUCGGAACGGCGAGGAGGAGACAAAACACAACGUCAAUGAAAUAGAAAAGAAAAAAACUACACAGCCAAUCUAACCAAACUGAACGCACAGAAGGAGCGUUUGCGAAAUGAACGAAGCUUGUACGUCCAAUGUAUAGAAAAGAAAACUACAAGAAGAAGAAGAAGAAGAAUAAAAACUAGUAAGAAACAAGCGUAUAACAUGUCGGGUGUUGCUUUGAUGGUUACGUCUAAAUGAAAGCUAUAGAUUUGUUUUAGAAACAAAACGUAUAGAUUCAUCAUUUCAGCAGCAUGAACCACAAAACACGUUAAAAGCGGUAAGAUGAAGAAAACAGUCAGUGUUAGUGUAUGCUGGUGGAAGCUUGCAGGGUUUAGUUUCUAUAUUUUGCUUCGUUUAGAUACAAAAAGCGCGCUGAAAGAAGCACAACCACCAGGAAAACAACUAAAAUUUAUUAAACUGUUGCGAACGAAACAAUGCAAUGGCACAUGGGAAGAAAAAAAAAGAAGAAAUAUGAAGCUCAAUUCAAACACUCGUCAAAACAAACAACAAGUUCUAAGAACAAUUCAUAGAAUAAAAGCUACGAUAACAGUCAACAAAGCGAAAGGAAACACCGGAAACGCACAAAGAGCGAACCGAACCAAGCACAGGAAUAUAAAAAAACACACAUUCGAACCAAUCAAUACCACCAAUAAGCACACGGAACCGGACCGGAAAGUGUAACCGUGCGUAGAAGACAAGAGACAUAGUUGACUGGGCAAGCAAGCGGCAAUGUCUUUCCCACAUUACUCUUCUUCAGCUCGCCGAGCAGGCCCAUUAACAUUGUUUCCUGUUUUUAAUGGAAUGUUUUGUUUUAUUUACAUUUAUACUUGUAACGUUUAUAUAAAACUGCUGUAAAGUGAACAAACCCCAAAGCGAAUCGACAAAGCGAAUUGACAAACAAUCGUGAGAAAAUAAAAGAAACAAAGGUCGUAAUUAUUGACUAAACGGCA